UUUGUAAAUAUUCCGACGUGAAAUGAUAAGAUAAAAUUGUAUUUCUCAAAGACCCAGGAACCGCACUUAGUAACAAUCGAACUUUCAUCGAUAAACAAUGAGAUUUUUCAUAUUUGUAGCACUGUGUGUUGUCACAAUUUGGUGCAAGCCAAGCCCAAGUGUGCGUAUAAUCGGUGGAGAUGAAGCUGUCGAUACCGAAUUUCCGUUCAUGGCUGCUAUUUGGACCACCACUUCUCUUGGCAGAUACUUCUGUGGUGGAGCAAUUAUUGACAAAAAGUGGAUUUUGACGGCUGCACAUUGCGUCGAUGACGCCAAAUCUUUCAACAUUCAGUUAGGCUCUGUGAGUUUAUCAACAUUUGAUAAACACCGAGUUAAUGUGAAUGCGACCGAUUUUGUGAUUCAUCCCGAUUUUAAUUCAACAACGGCUCAGAAUAACGUUGCUUUGAUUAAGCUUCCAGAAGCUCUAGCAUUUAAUGAUUAUGUCAAUGCAAUUGCGCUGCCGAAAGAUGCACUUGAAGACAGUACGGAUGCAGUGGCCCUUGGCUGGGGUCAAACUGAUGAUGAACAUUCGGGACCUGUUGAUGUAUUGCGCAAAGUAACUGUGGUGACUUUGCCCAACGAACACUGCAAAUACACAUACGGUAACCAAAUUACAGACAAUAUGGUUUGUGCUUUAGGUGCAUUUAAUGAAGGCACUUGUAUUGGGGACAUUGGGGGUCCCUUAGUUCAACCAAAUGGAACUUUUAUUCAUAUAGGAGUUGCAAGUUUCCUAAGUUUUAAUGGGUGUGAAAGUAUAGAUCCUUCAGGGUACGAAAGGACGUACAAUUCUCUUGAGUGGAUUAAGAAUGUUACCAAAAUAUCAUAAAUUUAAAGAGAAUGACAAUAAAACCAUAAAUGCUAAAA